AUGAUAAUGGGUGGGCAACUGGCGCGCGCAGCGGUUGCUUUGCUCGCGCUCGCGACAUUGUGCAGCUCGGUCGAUCAUGUUCAGGCAGGCCCUUCUCGAAGCAAGACCGUGGCGACCGAAGGGGCGGGCCUGGUAUCCCCCACACCCUUGAAAAACGCCUUUGGUGGGCAAGGCUUCCCCCCACCGUUUGCCAUUCUGCCGUCGGGUGAGGUCACGGAUAGCCUGGCCGAGCUGGGUGACGUGGCCGAGGCCAUGAAGUUUGACAAAGCUGAGGCAGAUCAGCACAACGACUUCUCAGGGUGGCCGGGCCCCUUCUGGCUGGUCAACACGUCCUUGUACGAGGGAUGGCUGUCAACGAUGCGCUAUGUCAAGCACAAGCCCACCAAUCGUUGUGCCGUCAUCUGGACCGUGGGCAUGCUAGUCAGAUCCGUUAGGAGAGUACAUAUCGACUUUGAGCGGUACAGCAAGUAUCUAGCUGCCAUUAUCACUGCCCGCGAUGCUUCUGCUCAUCGAGCCAGUACGGGCCUCGACCUUGCCAACGUGACGCACGGGCACUGCGAUCCGACCCGAGUCAACUACAUGCUGGCCAUGGACGAUAUCAUGUGGGAGCACCUGACGGUCGAGGGCAAGGCGACGGUGCUGGACCGUUUUGACACGGUGGUCACGUCCACCCCGUUUGAUGUUUUGAUGGAAACGAUUCCCCCGGUUGCUUUUCGCAUGCAAAACGACCCCACACUGGCCAUCCAUCGCCUCUUGGCGUUGAUUGGGGCGCCCUACUCACGUGUGAUGGCGCUGGACACGGACAACGUGGCGUGCCGUGUUGGGUGGGAGCUGGCGUUUGGGCUGCUGGAGGAGUAUGACAUUGUCACAGUCCAGGGCCCGGUUCCUUUUGGCGGCAGCUGUCAUAAGCAUGAGACACCCUACCCGCCUGUUCGACUUGCCAAGAGAGCAUUCAUCUUGGACUAUGAAAAUUACGAGGAGGUCAACAUUGGGACAUGGGCCAUCGACUAUCACAAUCCUCAUACACGGCAGCUAAUGUUGGCCGUGCUGGACGCAUGGGUGAGCCUCAGCUUGAUGGUAUCUGGACCAAACUACGACCGAGAACGUGAUGGCUGCGUGCAAGGCGAUCAGCUAGCGUAUCGAAUUGCCAUGUACGCGAUGCAGCGGCGACUGGACAUUUUCAAGGAUGUGUCGUCGAUUCAUAGCCGGCUGCAAUGUCGUACCGGUUCGAUUGGGGAGCAGUGCACGCAUCUUCAUACGCCACGUCGUGUACCAGCCGUGAAUAUGUCGCUGAGUGUGUGCAGCGCUAAACAGCCCAAAAAUGUGCCCUUGUAUCACAACGUCCCAGAGGCCGACUCGUACAUUCACUUUUCGUACGGUACUCUAUGGUAA